AUGUUCUUGCUAAGUAGCACAAGAAUAAGACCCCAUCACAAACUUCUAUUUCGACACUUCCUGAAGAACAUGGCCGAGUGUUUUGUCUUUGAUAUUGCUGAAUCACUGCUAAGGAAGUUAGCUUCUUAUGUUUACGAAGAAGCUUCUCGAGCCUAUGGUGUGUAUGAAGAUCUUCGAGGGAUCAAAGACACCUUGUUAAUAGUCAAAGGUGUGCUAUUAGAUGCUGAGGAGAAGAAGGAACAAAAGCAUGGGUUGCGGGAAUGGCUCAGGCAGAUUCAAAACGUCUGCUUCGAUGCUGAAGACGUACUGGAUGAAUUUGAGUGCCAAAACUUGCGAAAGAUAAUUGUCAAAGCUUCAGGCAGCACCAGGAUGAAGGUAGGUCACUUCUUUUCUUCAUCUAACUCUCUUGUUUUCCGUCUUAAGAUGUCUCGUCAAAUGAAACAAGUUAGGAGUAGAUUGGAUAAGAUAGCAGUUGAUGGGAACAAGUUUUGUCUAGAGAGGAUUGAUGUUGACAACAGACUUGUGCAAAGGAGAGAAAUGACUUAUUCCCACGUUGAUGCUUCAGGGGGAGAUAAAAGUCUGAGUGUUAUUCCCAUAGUGGGUAUUGGAGGGUUGGGAAAGACCACACUUGCAAAGUUGGUGUUCAAUGAUAAGAGGAUGGAUGAGCAUUUUCAAUUGAAGAUGUGGGUGUGUAUCUCUGAUGAGUUUAACAUAAGGCAGAUAGUAGUUAAAAUGAUCAACUCUGCUUCUGCUAAUGCUUCAGCUUCGGCUAUUGCUCUUGCUCACCAAGAAAACAUUAAAAACUUAGACAUUGAGCAGCUACAAAGUCGUCUUAGACACAAGCUUUCUGGUCAGAAGUUUUUGCUAGUCUUGGAUGAUGUUUGGAAUGAUAAUCGUGCAAAAUGGAUAGAGUUGAAAGAUUUAAUAAAAGUGGGUGCAGUUGGAAGCAAGAUCUUGGUGACAACACGAAGUAAUUCAAUUGCUUCAAUGAUGGGUACUGUUCCUUCGUAUGUUUUAGAAGGUCUUUCUAUGGAGAAUUGUUUUUCUCUGUUUAACAAAUGGGCAUUUAAGGAAGGCGAAGAAAAGAAAUAUCCCAGUCUAGUAGAGAUUGGAAAAGAAAUUGUGAAAAAAUGCCGAGGGGUUCCAUUAGCAGUCCGAACUUUAGGAAGUUCUCUGUUCUUAAAUUUUAAUUUAGAAAGGUGGGAAUUUGUAAGAGACCAUGGCAUAUGGAACUUAAAACAAGAGAAAGAUGACAUUUUACCUGCUCUUAAGUUGAGCUAUGACCACAUGCCUUCCUAUUUGAGGCAUGGUUUUGCUUUCUUUUCUUUAUACCCAAAAAAUUAUGGCUUUACAAGUGCUGAAAUUGCCAACCUUUGGGUCUCACUUGGCUUACUUCGAUCUCAAGUUGGAAGUCAAAAGCUAGAGAAUGCUGCAAGACAACGUAUAGACGAGUUAUAUUCGAGAUCAUUUCUUGAGGAUUUUCAGGACUUUGGCCACCUUUACUAUUUCAAAGUGCAUGAUUUGGUACAUGAUCUUGCUCUUUACGUUGCAAAAGAAGAUAUUCUUCUGGUAAACUCAGGUACCCGGAAUAUACCUGAGCAAGUAAGGCAUUUAUCAGUUGUUGAAAAUGAUUCACUCAGCCAUGCUUUGUUCCACAAGUCAAAAAGUGUGAGAACCAUAUUAUUUCCAAUUGAAGGAAUGGGUGUUGACAGUGACGCUCUUUUGGAUGCAUGGAUAACAAGAUAUAACUUCUUGAGGAUUUUAGAUGUAAGUGAUUCCUCUUUUGAGACACUUCCCAAUUCAAUUGCUAAACUGGAGCACCUGCGAGCUCUCAGUCUUGAAAAUAACCGCAAAAUAAAAAGACUUCCUCGUUCUAUAUGCAGACUCCAAAAUUUGCAAUUUCUGUCUUUAAGGGGAUGUGUGGAGCUUGAAACAUUGCCUAAAGGAUUAGGCAUGUUGAUCAACCUUCGAAAUUUGUUUAUCACCACAAAACAGUCUAUUCUGUCAGAGGAUGAAUUUGCAAGCUUGAGAAAUCUUCAUACUUUGAGUUUUGAAUUUUGUGACAAUUUGAUGUUUCUGUUCCGAGGGGCACAACAACUCGGAUCUCUUGAAGUUUUGAUAGUUCAAUCAUGUAGGAGCCUAAAGUCCUUUCCUUUUCAUAUUCUCCCUAAACUGGAGGUUCUUUUUGUCAUUAGGUGCGAGAUGCUAAAUCUGUCUUUGAACUGUGAAAGUCCAAUCCACAAACUGAGGAUGAAGUUUCUGCAUAUUGAGCAAUGUCCAAGGCAACAAAUAUUGCCUCGAUGGAUUGAAGGAGCUGCAGAAACUUUGCAGACAUUGUUAAUUUCAAAUUUUCAUAGUCUUGAGAUGCUUCCUCAGUGGCUUACAACAAUGACUCGUCUUAAGAUGCUCCAUAUUGUUAACUGUCCUAAACUGUUGUAUCUCCCCAGUGGCAUGAAUCGCCUCAGUGCCCUUGAAGAUUUAAGCAUAGAUGGUUGCUUGGAAUUAUGUCAAAAAUGUGAACCACAAUCUGGUGAGUACUGGUCCUUCAUUGCUCACAUCAAACGCCUUUCCAUUGGAGAAACAAGACAAAGGAACCUCCUUUUCCAAAUGCAGAAACAGAUCCGAUUGAAAUUGCAUGAUUUGUAG